AUGGAAAAAUACUUUGAAAAAGUAAAACAAACUAUUACUAGUAUUACUAGUAAUCAUCAAAAAUUUCUGACAAAAAUCAAAUCAAAAUGUAAUUUUCAAUUUGCUAUUGUUGACUAUCGAGAUCAUAAACCAGAAGGAGAUUAUAUUUAUCAUAAAUGUGAUUUUACAAAUCACACAGCGGCUAUGAAGUAUGUAAUGAAUUUGAAAAGCGGUUCGGGUGGUGAUAUUCCAGAGGCCGUACUUGAUGGUCUUGAUGCAGCAUGCGCAUUAAAUUGGCGUCAAAAUGCUGAUCAUCUAUUAUUUCAUAUUCUUGAUGCGCCUCCGCACGGCAAAAUAUAUACAAAACGGGACGACAAAUGGCCAAAUGGUUGUCCAUGUGGAAAAACUGCUCAAAAUAUAUUACAAGCGAUGAAAAACAAACAAAUUGCGUAUCAUAUACUACCUUGCUCAAAUGAGAUAAAUAUGAUGAUUGCUGAAUUUAAAAAUCAUAUUGACCUUCAAAUUUCAACAUUCAAUGAUAAAAUCACGUUUGAAGAUGCUAUCGCUAAACACGUGUUCGAGCAAUUAAAGGAUACUGAAAUGACAUUGAAAAAGAAUUAA